UGGAGCGGUAUCCAACCAGGUGACGUCAUAGUGAUGGCAAACAAUGAUGAUGAUCGGCUGAAGGCUGAUUAAAAAAGCUAGAAAUUGGUUUCACAGAAGUUUUUCUCUUGACUUAUUUCUUGAGUAAGAAGGUUAUUUUGAUGUUGAAUUGAGAUGUAAUAGACUCACAAAAAAGUAUGGCAGAUAAUACACUUGUUAUGGAUGGGAUUGACGACAGGCUUGACAGUUUUCCCCUUCUGCCGCUGUCAACUGAUCUUGCAUCCUUUGAAGAACUCAGAAAAAGGCAACGUACCAGAGGCAGAGAUUACAUCCACACAGAAGUUGAUAACAUCAUCCAAGAACAUGGGUACCAGCAGUAUGGAGAUGAUGUACUAAAGAACUCUUCAAGUCGACGGAAUCGCAAGAUACAACUUGUGAUUCAUGAUGCUCUACUGUUGAUCUUAGACUUCAUCCAAGUUUAUGCGUUAAUUAUGGCAAUGUCCAUACGCUGGACGUGGCCAUAUGAUUGGCUGUAUGUAUCACGUUUUGCAUUCUUCUUCAAUUUGGACAUCUGGGAAUUCCUAAAGGUGAAUGAUGAAAGUGUGUUUUAUUCUGUCCGUGAUAGCUUCAUUGCAAGCUCUUUGAUUUCAUUAGAUUAUCGUUUUCUCAUCUUUGGGUGGAUGGUGUUUGUCUUUGUUGGUAUUGUUAUCUUCAUCAGUCUGUACAUUUACAUGAACUACCAAAAAAACUACAAUCUGCUGCUACGGAUUGCUACUAUGCAGCGAACUUACAUCGUCUUAUGCGAGGUUAUAGCACUACCGAUUGGUGUUACCAUGGCCAAACUCUUCCAUUGCAGCAACGAUGGAAAUUUAGAUGUGCAUAAUGAAACUUCCUGCUACAGUGGGGAGCACUUUGCCUAUAUAAUUGUUUCGUUGACCAUUGCUGUCAACUUGUACAUACUUCUACCAAUCUGGAUGAUAGCCAAGAUUCGUACACAGCUCUUUAGCAAAAAAGCUGAACGACAUGAAGGCUACCUCCAGUUAAAAGAAUCGGAAUUCAGCCAUUCACUUGAUGCAUUGUGGGCUUUAAAUCUUUACCACAUCUUCUCAUCUUUCAAGCGUUUCUGGGCAUACUAUCGUCCUGUUAUGAUGUUCAUGAAGUUUCUCCUUGUGAUAUGGUAUGCGAUAUUUCUAACAGAGCUGCUGGUGCAAAUUAGUUUAGUUCUUACUACCAUAUUGAUCAUCUUUAUCAUUAUGGCCAUCAAACGCCCAUUCCGUGUAACCUCAUUUAACGUCUACAUACUGUGCAGUUUCUUUUCAUUGACUCUCUUAGCCUUCAUGGGUGUGAUGCAGAAUACUGACAACAAUAAUGCAUUUUUCACACCAACAUACCUCUAUGAUGAGUUAAUGGCAAUUCUAGGCUUCUGGCUUGGAGUCACCUUCCUUUGGAUCAUCUACAUCGUCCUCCGAUAUACAGGAGUUUUCUGUUCCCGAAGACCUCUAUGGCCUCAGAUGACUACUCGUGGAAUGGCGAAACUAAGUGAAGAUACGCAGAAAUAUAUGCGUGCCCUGCUGGAGGGGCGAAUAGUCCUUGAGCAUGCUCUCUUAACCAAUCCACUCUUCAGCCCAGCACAUGAGGUCUCACGGCAGAUACAGAUCAUAAAUGCAUAUUGUCGUGAAGCAGAGCUUCUGAAUGACCCCAUUCAUGAUGCUCUGUGGGAUCUUCUUGAUGAGCUGAUAGAAGCACACUCAAAGAUAGCUCCUGUGUCCCUCUUUGCAGAGUCUGUAAAAGCAUCAAUUAGAGAGACCUCACAAGAACUGUUGAAGAUGAUGCCGGAAUUCAAGCGACGUCUUGCGCAGCGUGAAUAUGAUUUUAUUCUGAUGACACCAAUGAAGCGGAGGAUGCUUCUUAAGAUGUAUGUCCUUGGAAUCUUUGUAAACGGUCAUGUUGACAAGUCACGAGCACAGCACACCGACACCGUCCAGAAACUGUACAACCCAAUGGAGUCUCUGGUUCUUAAGCAUCGACAGGUGGAAGGCGAUGAUGGUUUCUAUGACGACUUUGAUGGCGAUCAGUUUGAACUUGGGCCUACAAGUCACAGACUAAACCUAAAGCAGCAGAAAACCAUUCAAGCGAUAGAGGUGAUAGAUGAAGAGGUUGAAGAAGUCAAGUUUAAAAGGAAGAGGACCAAUACAUUUGUGAGUGAAAUGUCAAGUUUUAUAGAUGAUGAUGCUGAUCUAGCAUACAUGAUGUAUGGUAUCCCAAGUAGACCAGCAACAACAAUGGAUGGCAGUAGGAGUGUACAUAGCAGGCAAUCACAUAUAUCAUCAAAAAGCAGGGUAACUCGCCGAACCCAGAGCCAGGCAUCAAUUUCCAGACAUCCGAUUAGCCAAUUGUCAUACUCUACCAACGAACCAUUGCCAGCUGCCCCUGAUCCACCUAAUAAGACAUCCGUGGAAGAAGACGUGCGUUCACCAAGCAGAACCAGCACACAGGCUGAUGUGGCUCAGCUUGAGUCAAGCAGAGUGUCAGUUCAAGAGAACAGGCCUAAGAGCCAGGCAAGCAGUAACUCCCAGCCUCCAAAUUCUUAAAUUAGUAUAUUAGUGCCUACAAGUUUUAACUCAUAUAGUGAGUCUUCUUUCAAAUUAUCUGACCUUCAACGAGUGUACAUAUUUUCCUUUCAUUUGGUUUUUUUAAGAAUUUAAAUCUCAAUUUGUUUUGGCUUGGAGGCUUGUUUCCAAAAUUAGGAAUAAAGAAUUAAAUGGUGAUCAUUAAUUAAGCAAAUAAAAAAAAAAAACUUUAUUAGGUUUUAUGAACGUUUUGACAAAUCUUCAUCAAUGAAGAGGCUUAUAUUUUUAGUCCAGAAAGUUAUACAGUAUGUUUUUGUAUACACUUCUAAUGUAGUAUAUAUUUAAUGUAUAUAUAUAUACUUUAUAUAAAAGAAACUGUUGUGAUCAUUCCAUAGAAAUUACAAUAGUGUAAAAAAAUAUAUUAUUAUUAUUAUUUUGAUUAUUAUUAUUAUUAUUAAUAAGCAGGUUAAUUUUCACCAAAUAUAUUGUAUGAAAUUUGUUUAUAUAGUUAAUAUAUGCAUAUAGGAUUCCGUCCACCAAGAAAUAUAAUAUGUAAUAAAUAUACUUUGAGAAACUGUUCAUUCCAUAGAAAUUACAAUAGUGUAAAAAACAUAUUAUUAUUAUUAUUAUUAUUAUUAUUAAUAAACAGGUAUUUUUGACCAAAUAUACUGUAUAAAAUUUGUUUAUAUAGUUAAUAAAUGCAUAGGAUUCUAUCAACAAGAAAUGUAAAUUUACAUAGAAUAUAAUGAGUUUCUAUUGAUUGAAUAAUGUAUAUAAUAUUUGUUAGUAUGCACUAUACAUUUCAUAUCUAUAUAAAUAAUGCUUUAAAUUUAUAGAAACUAUCAUGAUUAUUCCAUAUAUAAAAUUACAAUAACUUUAAAGACACAAAUGUAUUUGUCUACUUUGUUUACUGAUAUGUGGUUUAAUAUAACAUUGAAUUUCACUAAAUGUAUACUGUAUCAAAGUAGUUUAAAUUAUUAAUUUUAUUGCUUGUAAGAUUCCGUCCACUAGAAAUACUAACUUGCACAUAAAUAUAAUGUGUUUGCAAAGAUUAUUUAGAUUAAAUUUUAUUGGAGUAGGGCUGCAGCCUGAAUAAGAUGCUUGUCUUAAUAAUAACAUAAUAUUGUGAUUUAAUAAAUGCCUGUUAUGUGA